AAGAAAAAGAAAAAAAGAAAAAAGAAAAAAGGAAAAAGAGAGAAAUUCCCCGAAGCGACUCCACGCAAGUCUCAGCAGGCCAACAUAUCCCUCCGGAAAAGCGAGAGCGCUUGGCCUCGAUCCUCCGCUCUCCUUCUCCGCCUUCUCCUUCUCCUUUUCCUUCUCCUCCUUCUUCUCCUUCUUCAUCGUCUCUUCUUCUUAACUUCACAAUUUACUUAUUAUUCCUUUGAUUUCAAUUUCACUUCUCUCUAUCCUUCACCGCGCCUUCAAUUCCCGGGGAAUCACUUACCCAUCCAGGUACAAUUUGUGAAUGGCUAUGAAAAAGAUGCAGAGCAACUCUGACUCUAGACGUUCUAGGGCAAACUCAUAUACAUUGCCAUCUAGUACAUUGAAAGUUGCUAAAAAUGUUUACCUCAAGAAAAAGAACUGCAAAGGGUCAGAGAAAAAAGAGUGGGAAGAUGCUACUUGCUCAGUCUGUAUGGAGUUCCCUCACAAUGCUGUACUUCUUCUUUGUGCAUCAUAUAAUAAGGGUUGCCGGCCUUAUAUGUGUGCAACUGGCCGCCGAUAUUCAAAUUGUCUCGAUCAAUACAAGAAAGCCUACACAAAAUCAACAUCAACUCAAAGUUCAGAACUAUUGAAUUUGCCGGUUGAAAAUGUAAGCUUCAAUUUGGACGCAGGGCAGCCAAGUGAAAAGGUUAAUGUGCCAGAGCUGUUAUGUCCUCUUUGUAGGGGACAGGUUAAAGGCUGGACAGUGGUGGAACCAGCACGGAAGUAUCUUAAUUCUAAGAAGAGAAGUUGCAUGCAGGAUAAUUGCUCAUUUGUUGGACGUUACAAGGAGCUGAAGAAGCACGUUAGAGCAAAGCAUCCAUUAGCACGACCCCGCCAAGUGGACCCUGUGCUUGAAGAGAAGUGGAAGAGAUUUGAGCAUGAGAGGGAGCGUAGUGAUGUGAUCAGCACGAUUAGAUCAUCAAUCCCUGGGGCUGUUGUUUUAGGGGAUUACGUGUUAGAACCUAACCAAAGUGGUUUUUAUAGUGAGUACGAUUCUGAUAUGGACGAUAAUUUGGAUGAUGAUGCUUUCUUUUCCAUGGACGCAUUUGGUUUAGGACGGGAUGGUGGUUUGUUUUCUCGCAAUAGAUAUCAUAGGGACUACAACAGGGCAGAUGAGAUUGAUUUUGGGAUGCAUCGUGCUGCAGGUCUUGGUUCUACCGCAACUGGUGGGCCAGGGCGUGGUUUCCGCAGAAUUAUAUUUGGGAGGUCAAGGCGGCCAAGACAAAGAGGAGGACUUAACAGACUUCCAUAACUUAUUAUGUAGGAAAGAAAGUGGAAAGAGUGGGAGUUAGGGGACAAGGAAGCAAGCUUUUAUUGAUAUAGGGCAUGUAUAUUCUCUUAAAACUAUUCUUGUAAUGGAGGUCUGUCCGCAUUAUUUCUUCGGUUAGAAGUCGUAUACCCACUCUGUUCACGGUGCAUAGCUCUUUUGUAGUGUUUUUUUCUUCUUUUUCCUUAUUAAUAGUCAAGAAUUUGGUUUUAACAGCCAAGUCUUGAGUGUUCUUUUCUCCGCCGGCUUUCGGGGGAAUAGGCAUUGGGAUUGUUAGAGAUUUUAGCUUGGAAAUCAGGAAAGAAGGUAUAUCAGCAGUGAAGCUACUCCUGAGCUGCUUUGAUUUGUUAUCGUCAUUUGAAGAUUGACAUUGACCGACCAAACAGAUCACGACAAUGGAACAAUUUAUUAUUAUUUUUUUUUCUGAUCCCUUGUGUUGUUAAAUAACAUUUAAUAUUUUUAUGGUUCUUUGGAUGUUCCAUUUUUGUUUUCCUUGAUUCCAUGCUCUGCUUUGCACUUGAACUA